AUGACGGAUGUCACAGAACGCCAGAUCGUGAAAGAGGAUCGCCCAGACAGCGACGAGCAGCGAUCACUAGAGGCACCUGCCGUGGCCAAUACCGCAGUGAAGGCAGAAGAGGGCUAUCGGUCACAGGAACACUCGGACGACGUAAUCAGAUGA